CAAAGAACCCGCUUGGCGGCGAGUUUUGUUUCUGGCCGAAAAUCCUCAAAGUCAAGUACGCAACGCUCUAAUCCACGGCUGUCGCCUCAAGUCCACCCAGCAUGGCGCCCAGUUUCGACACCCUGACCGAGCAGGAUUUCCACGAGGAGGAGGAGGAGGAGAUUGACUUCUCCGAUCUCAAAGAGCAGUUCGAAGUCAAGUUGGAGGAGGGUCUGGACACUUUCGUCGUUAUCGAUGGCCUCCCCGUUGUGCCCGAAGACAGCCGCCAGAAACUCGUCAAGUUCUUGUUGAGAAAACUCAACACCGUUGGACACACCUCCGAAGAUGCAGUUUUCAUGCCGCUGAACGACAAGGGCAUGUCCGAAGGAUUCGCCUUUGUUGAAUUCGAGACCCCCGAACAAGCUCUCGCUGCCGUCAAGCAGCUGCACGGUGUUCCCCUCGACAAGAAGCACACCCUGGCCGUGAACAAGCUUAUGGAUAUCGAGCGAUAUGGUCGGGAGGGACGUAUUGAUGAGGAGUACCACGCUCCCGAGGUGGAGCCCUUCAAGGAGAAGGAGCACCUGCGCUCUUGGAUGGCCGAUGCCCAUGCUCGUGAUCAGUUUGCCCUCUACCGGAACGACAAGGUCGGCGUGUUCUGGAACAACAAGUCCAACCCCCCAGAGAACGUCGUUGAUCGCGCUCACUGGACACAACUCUUCGUCCAAUGGUCCCCCAAGGGUACCUUCCUUGCCUCCGUCCACCCUCAAGGUGUCCAACUCUGGGGCGGCGCCUCCUUCUCUAAGCAAAAACAGUUCCCCCACCCCUUCGUACAACUCGUUGAAUUUUCUCCCCUGGAGGGCUAUCUGACGACGUGGUCUUCUCGCCCCAUCCAGGUCGAGGAAGGCCAGCCCAUCUUGACCUUCGAGGAAGAUGGAAAGAACAUCAUUGUCUGGGAUAUCGAGUCCGGCAAGCCUCUGCGCUCAUUCGUCUCCCACGAUCUGGCUGCCGGUCCCGCCGCAGAGGGCGAGGUCCAGCCCAAGAAGAAGGUUCAGUGGCCCGCUUUCAAGUGGUCCGCUGAUGAGAAGUACGUUGCCCGUAUGCUCCAGGGCCAGUCUAUUUCUAUCUACGAGGUACCCAACAUGAACCUGCUUGGCCGCACGUCCGUGAAGGUCGAGGGUGUCAACGACUUCGAGUGGUCUCCUGCCACCGUCACCCGUGAGGGUGUCAAGCAAUACGAGCAGCUCCUCUGCUUCUGGACUCCCGAGAUUGGUAGCAACCCCGCCCGUGUCGCCAUGAUGAGCGUUCCUUCUAAGGAGAUUGUCCGCACCCGUAACCUGUUCAACGUGUCCGACGUCAAGCUGCACUGGCAAUCUCAGGGUGCCUACGUUUGCGUCAAGGUCGACCGUCACUCCAAGUCCAAGAAAUCCAUGGCCACCAACCUGGAGAUCUUCCGAGUCCGCGAGAAGGGCGUUCCCGUUGAGGUCGUCGACAGUCUCAAGGACACUGUCAUCAACUUCUCUUGGGAGCCCAACGGUUCUCGAUUCGUCCUGAUCACCACCGGCGAGGGCCCUACCGGCGCUGCCGCUCCUCCCAAGACGUGCGUCUCCUUCUUCGCCCCGGAGAAGAAGGGUCACACUGCCGGCAACUUCAAGCUCAUUCGGACCGUCGAUAAGAAGACCAGCAACGGCAUCUACUGGUCGCCCAAGGGCCGUUUCGUCGUUGUCGCUACCGUUCACUCCCAGUCCAACUUCGACCUGGACUUCUGGGAUAUGGACUUUGAGGGUGAGAAGAAUGAGGCUGAGAAGGAUCUUUCCGCCAACCUUCAGUUGAUGAAGACUGUUGAGCACUACGGUGUGACCGACAUUGAGUGGGACCCCACGGGUCGCUACGUGGUCAGCAGUGCUAGUGUGUGGACUCACUCGAUGGAAAACGGCUGGAACCUGCACACUUUCUCCGGAACUACCCUCUCCGAGAACCCUACCGAGAAGUUCAAGCAGUUCCUCUGGCGCCCCCGCCCCCCUACCUUGCUCAGCAAGGAGGAGCAGAAGCAGGUGCGCAAGAACUUGCGCGAGUACUCGAAGGAGUUCGACGAGGAGGACCGAUACGCCGUGGACAUUGCCAAUACCGCUGUUGUCGAGCAGCGCAAGCGCGUUCUCAGCGAGUGGCUCGCGUGGCUGCGCCGGGAGAAGGAGAUCCAGGCCGAGGAGCGGGAGGUCUUCGGCCUGCCCGAGGAUGCCGACUCUCCCAAGCAGGCCAAGGAUGCCCGCGUUGGCAACCAGCAGGAGGGCGACACCGUGGUGGAGGAGAUUGUGGAGGAGAUCGUCGAGGAGACCGAGGAGGUCAUUGGUUGACGAACCCAUUUUCUUUUCCCCCCUUUUCUCUCUCGCAUAUAAUGUGUUUCCUUCUUCUUUUUCUUGGUUCUCGCCGGCGUCCUCUGCCUUUCGGGCCCGGCUUUCUACGUGCCCCAGUUUUAUGAUCCGGCCCUAUUUCUGUGCUGAUGAUCGGGGACUCUCAAAAAUCGAUAGAUGAGCUGUGUGUGUCCGACGAAGCUCUUGAUGUGCAAUGUGGAUAAGCAUGAGAAAUGCCUACGAACGCAAUGGCUGUUGUUUCAUAAUUUCUGUACUUCUCGUAGGCUUUUGUCUCCUUGCCCUAAGUAUACAGGCUCAUCCCAAUCGCCACAGUCCCCAGAGCCAGCAACGUUGUCCACACCGCGGGACUGAUUUUGUUCUUCAUCGCCGCCCCGCCCGUCGGUUGACCUUUCGAUGUAGCAGAAGUAGUUGUCGCGGACGACGAUUUGUCGCUUGGCUUCACAUUCUUCUUGAAGUAUUCAUUGUGAUCGCCAACAACAUUGCCCGUUGGCGUGUAUUCACAUACAACGUACCAACCCUGCGCUCUCGUACUUCCAUCGAGCUCUCGAGAAAGAAGUCGACCCGUACUGCUAUCACCGGCGUCUCUUCGUUCUUUUUCGUUGUCUUCGGUAUAUCCACAAUCGAUCGCAGCGCAUCCCACUUCCGUUGUGGACUUCCACACCAGUUGUGUAAAAUGGCCUGUCUUCUCAGUGAAUCCGGUCGGCUUGUCGAAGUUAUAGAAUUUUCUCUCAUCGCCCCAAGCCUCGACUGCUGACGAGGCAUUGGGAUACCCAAAUGCUAGAUUUUCCCCAUAAGGACCGUCCUGAAUGAGCAAUUAGUCAGAACUAGACUCCAUGGCAAUCAACAGAAUCUAUACGAAUGGGAGAUCUUACCGAAUGUUCCCAGAUACAAUGCCGAGCCCAU